UCGCUUGGUUCUUGUUCUGUGUUCUCCUGUGCUACGCUCACCGACUGUUUGACCAACUGUGUUAUUGCUGCUGCUUGCCUGCUCUACUGCCGGCUCUUAUUAUUAUUAUUAUGCACACCAACUAUUUGGUUGGUCUUCCCGAAUAAUCUGUCUCUUGCUACAUUAAGCUCUUCUGCUCUUGGAAAUGGCAGCACCAAAGCCCAUUUCCAGGCUUAUUUCUCACGUCAUUCUUGAUCUGGAUGGCACCCUCUUGAAUACAGAUUGCGUCGUAAGCCAAGUGCUGAAACCAUUUCUUGUAAAAAAUGGGAAAAAGUGGGACAGUAAGAAAGCUCACAAAUUUAUUGGGAAGACACCUUCUGAAGCUGCAGCAGUUGUUUUAGAAGAUUACGGACUCCCUUACUCCACCGAAGAGUUCCUUUCUUUGAUAAAUCCAAUGUUCAGCGAGCAAUGGGGCAAUAUAAAAGCUCUUCCUGGAGCUAAUCGGUUAAUAAAACAUUUGAAGAGUAACAGGGUACCAACUGCUGUAGCUUCCAACUCUUCAAGAUCAAACAUUGAUUCCAAAAUUUCCUGCCAUCAAGGAUGGAAAGAGUAUUUCUCCGCAAUUGUUGGUGCAGAUGAAGUAGAGAAAGGAAAGCCAUCACCAGACAUAUUUUUGGAAGCUGCAAAAAGAAUGAACGCUGACCCUUCGAACUGCCUAGUAAUUGAGGAUUCCUUGCCAGGUGUUUCUGCUGGUAAAGCUGCAGGAAUGCAUGUCAUAGCUGUACCUUCAGUACCCAAAAGGACUGAUGAAUUCAGCUCUGCUGAUGAGAUUAUCAAUUCCCUCCUUGACUUAAGGCCUGAAAAGUGGGGUUUGCCACCCUUCAAUGAUUGGAUUGAAGGUACCUUGGCAGUAGAACCAUGGUUUAUUGGUGGACCUGUGAUCAAAGGUUUUGGCCGUGGUUCUAAAGUACUAGGAAUACCAACAGCGAACUUACCGGCAGAAAACUUUUCCGACAUACUGUCAGAGCAUACAUCAGGUGUGUACUUUGGCUGGGCUGGACUUUCAACGCGAGGUGUAUAUAAGAUGGUCAUGAGCAUUGGCUGGAACCCUUAUUUUGACAACACAGAGAAGACCAUUGAACCAUGGUUGCUUCAUGGUUUUGAUGAGGACUUUUAUGGAGAGGAGCUGCGCCUUGCUAUUGUUGGGUACAUCCGACCUGAGGCCAACUUUCCAUCGCUUGAGAGCUUGAUAGAGAGGAUUCAUGAGGAUGGGAGAAUAGCAGAGAAAGCCCUAGAUUUACCAGAAUAUGCCAAGUACAAAGACUCGCCAUAUUUGAUAAACCCUUUGCAGCAGGGCACAACUGUUAAUGGGAACGAGGCAGAGUAAGAGUUCAAGUGACCCUUGAGGUGCCUAGAGAGAGGCUUCCGCACAUUAUUCUAUCUUUUUGAGAACUUUAUCAGAACUUUUGCUGAUUAACACCCAGCAGUGGUAGUAUUCUACCGCCUAAAACCUGGAGCUUCAUAUUUUAUAAUUUAUACAACGAGAACUGUGAAGAUGGUACCUUCUCUGUUGAGUUUGUAAAGUUCACCAUCUUCGCAGGUUGUUACUUCAUAA